AUGAGAUCGAUGUGAGAGCAGUUAUCACGGACAUAUCCUUACAUCUGCACCUUUUGCUUUGCCGCUGGAAGACAAUGUAGAUAUAUUGUGCGGCCCAUCCCAUCAUGGCGCCUCCUGUUUCGCUUUAUGGACUUUUGUGUCUCCUAUUCCUUGGAUUUCAAGGAGUCCAUGCAGCCUUGUCUGGUGCAGAUAUCACCGGGGACACAGAUGGUUACUUCUUCCUAACGAACAGCGGCUGUACAUGCUGUGCUACGGUUACCGUGACAACUACUGGUGGAGGAUCAUUUACCAUAACCAAAGAUGGAGCUAACAUCGUGACAUAUACUGUUACGGCUCCUUCUAGUGAUGUAACAUUGCCUUGUACGGCCAUCGGAAACGCACCUGGAAUGUACACUGUCACCAUGACCGUGACACAAGGAGGAAACUCGCACACCGAAACCAUGGUGGCAGUGUACGAGCAGACGUUGGUUGGCUACUCUGUCAGUGCAAGUCAGGUCAUUGCUCCUCCAUACACGGAAAUCACAUUCGACAUGGCAGUGUCGCAGGGUACCAAUGCCUUGUUCACCGUGGACUGUGUCACCAACAUCCAACUGAUGAAGUCCUGUGAUGGGAACACACGAACAGCAACCUACAGUCAAAUGUUCAACGAUACCGGCAGCCACGUCAUUACCACGAUGGUGUCCAACUACGGAAGCAAGUUGAGUGAGGUAGUCGUGGUGACUAUCAUCCAUAAUAUGAACAAUGUAGCUAUAACUAUAGGAAAUAACAAACCACAAACGACCGAGGACCCAAACAUCAAGGUGACGAUGGCAAGUGGAGCCCAGCUACCGAUGGGUAACCUGACAGGUUGGCACACCUGUACAUCAGACGGAUCUCCUGAAGUUGUCGAUCUCAGUGGUCUGACAGCUGGUGGUGAGGUAGCUGUACCGUGUGUUUGUAGCACCCAAACCAACAAGACCGUCACCGUCAAUGUGAGUACAGAACUUGACUCCAUCCAAGAAACCUACGAUAUCUAUUGCUGGGACAUGCUUAACAUAACUGUUACCCUCGACAAGGACGUGCAACCUAUUAAUGACGUCGUACCAUUUAAUAUUGAAAACGUUCCCAAUUAUGGAAUUCAGUGGAAUAUUGAUGCAUGCCAGAAUAUACAACUAACAAAUACUGAGUCAUCGAAUUAUGGCAGCCUUUACACGGCUAACCCUGUGGACCUCAGCAGUAUCAUUUACACAGAGAUAGGGAACUGCACUUUUCAUGCAACGUUCUGGAACGAGAUGUACAUUGUUGUUCUUGAUCUCACCUUCGAGCUGAGUAUAGGAAUAAACAAUCUCACAGCUGUACCUAGUGCGCUGGAGUUGCUGACAGGUGAAGUUUUCACCGUAACUGUUAAUGCAACAGGCUUAGACAUCUUUUGGGCUGUUGAUUUCACAGAAGCAAUGGUGGUUCAAAACGGGUGCUCAGGGCUUGUCGCAGAACACAAUUUUACAUCUGCUGCAAUGUACACCAUUGAAGUCAUGGCAUCAAAUAGGGUCAACAACAAGAGUACCUCUCUCGAAAUUGGCGUAGUAUACCCAAUAAAUGGAUACACUGUUACAUUAACAGCACCCACAAUCCAGUCUUAUGAGAACUUGGAAAUCAACGCCGCUCUUAGUGCAUCGCCAAGCAUCCCAAUGGGAAAUCUUACAAUCACAAUAUCUCCCUGUGGUGAUGCGGACUCUAGAGAGUAUUUGCCUGUAGCUGCUGGUACUACUGAAAAGUACAACUGCAACUUCACAAAACAAGGUAACUACUCUAUUGAUGUUACAAUCGCAUCUCUUGUUUCUUCAGAAAACUUUACAGUUGAAGCUUUCGUCUGCGACAACUUGGCAAUAACCAUAGAUGUAGACAAGCCCGACUGGGCUGUGGGAGAUAUGGUGAGUGUCAACAUGAACACUCUACCAUUGUCUGGCUUCAAAUACAGAGUCGACAUGGGAGAUGGUUCCACCAUCCACUCAAAUGAGGCAGAUUCUGUUUUGGACGGCUUGAAUACCUUUACUACAAUCCCAUCACAGGCCUACAAUGCACCAGGAAUAUACACCAUCAACCUUUAUGCAUAUAACCAUUGCUACUCUGUAACUUCAUCGGCAACUAUUGUUGUUGAAUAUGGGAUCCCUCCAUGCAACUUAGCGGUAGCACCAAACCGAAAAUUAAUUACGCCGGAUGACACAACAACCUUCUCGUUUGUGACUCAAUCGGGAUCACCAGCGAACAAUCCAACCAACGUUACGUGUACGUGGAACCUAGGGGAUGGGACACCUGUAACUGAUCAGCUCACCAAUAUGGAUUUCGGCUCCAGUGCAACGGGUUACGUCAUAACACACGACUACACCACUGCAGAGGGAUCUGUGAACUACCAGAUAGAUUGUCAGAAUCGGGUCAGCAAUGUCAGUUUUAGCGGGACUGUUGACGUGGUGAUUGUACGGGCAGCAGAUUUUAGUGUCGCGUUUGCACCUGUUACUCCGUUGCCUGAAGGAACAUGCACUAGCUUUGAUAUUACUCUUGCCUUUCACAAUAUAUCAACAGUGCCAAAUAAUGUAACGUACAAGGUCGACUACGAUGACGGCAAUGGGGUAUCACCAGAAACUGCCCUUUCCACAUAUGUUGUUCCUAAAAGCCUCUGUAAACGUGGCGCCUACACCAGCGGAGUUCUGACUGUUAUCUAUGACGGUGUGUCAGAAGCUAACCCCAUAUCCUAUUCCUUGGGAACUUGUUCACUCAAAUUGGUUGGGUCAACGGUCAUGGGACUUGUAGGAUCAGACUCCUUCAGUUUCACACUUGCGAAUCACCUAGCCACAGAACAAAUAACGGUCACAAUAGACUGGAAAGAUGGAAAUACUGAAGAUAAGACGCUGACUGGUGGGCAGUCUAUGUCUGUCACACAUACCUUUGGUACACAUGGUUACAAGAAGCCUUCAUACAGUACCACUACCAGCUUGGGUAGCGAUGGAGCUUCACUGGAAGAGGAGCUGUACGUCAUGUAUCCUGUGGACAACCUGGAGCUUGAGAUCCCAGAACCGAUUCUCCUUGGCGUGACCAUUGAACCGAACAUAAAAUACAGCGGAAGUAACUCCUUGAUAAAUGUAACCUGUAACGUUACAUAUGACGCAACUACCAAUGAACUUAUGACAGGAGUUGAUCUAACACCUACUAGUAACAUUGCAACAGCAGUUGGGAACAUGUACAUGGCUAUCCAAGAGGAAACUAUAACCGUGGUGUGUUCCAAUCCACUCACCAGCAAAACAUUGAAUGCUACUUUUGAAGUUUCAAGUGACUGCUUCCUGGCUCCAGACAUAUUUGAGUCGAUACACCGACGGAUUGACACGCCGAUGAGAGUCUACAGAUCUUCCUUGCCCACACUUACAGCUCGUGUAAAACUAUCUGAUAAAUGCAAGAACACAACAGAGUUUGACUUUCAGUGGACGUUCCAGAAACAAAAUCCUGUCACCCUAGUAUUUGAACCCUACACUACUAUAGAAACACCAAAUAAGAUUUCCAUGAACCUCGCCACCUCUUCGAUUGAAGAAGGGUUCUACUUGAUUCAACUUUACAUGAAGUUGGUGCAACGUGAGAAUGACUAUCUGCAAGACAAACAGUACAUGAAGAUUGUUAAUCCUCCGCUUGUGUGCAGUAUCGUUGGUGGAGACUUCACUAUGCAUGGGAGAACAGAAACACUUGUUCUUGACGCGAAAACUAACUCUUACGACCCUUUAAAUGGAAUUAAUCAGAGCCCCGGGCUGGACUUUUCUUGGGCCUGCUUUGUGGUUGGCAACUGCGAGGAUGCAGAGGCAUAUACGUUGCCCAAGAGUACCGACAAAAGCUAUCAAAACAAACCAGAUUGUGGCCUUACCUUUCAAACUGAGGGCUACAUUGAAGUAGAUACCACACCUUUAGAUGCUGGGAAGUGUUACGUAUUCGAACAGACAAUAAGCAAGGGCUCUCGAAAUGCCAGCUCUAUACAAGUGGUCAAUGUGACGGCGAUGGCACCCUGUAAACUUGCUAUGAUGUGUUUGAAAAACUGCAUGGGGAAGGUUACACCCGAGGAGCCAACAGCGUUCGAAGUGAAUAUAAUAUGUGACGGUGCCACUAAGGAGCAAAUAGAUGCUGCAGUAUAUAGAUGGACUCUGUCGCAGUUUGACUUUUCUACUAAUCAGUACAAUGACAUUACCUGGGACAGUAACUUCCUACGGCUACCUACCGAUUCGGUGUUUGAGUUGAAGCAUAACUAUUUCACGGCCGGGGCGAGCUACAGGCUACAGAUUACAGCGGAGGCAGCAGGGCGUCCCCAAAACAGGGCAUACAAGACAUUAGUGACUAAUGAAGAACCCAGAGGCGGGACCUGUUCCAUCUCACCACUACAAGGUGUGUUCCUCAACACUACAUUCUCGGUCAUUUGUGACGGCUGGAUGGAUGAAGGUAUCCGAAAUGAAAAGGAUGAUGCAAUUGACAUUCAGGAACCACUCAAGUUGAAGCUGAUGCAAGAUGGCAACCUUCUAAGCACAACAGACUUCACACGCAAAGUGUCACAUGCGGCCGUGGACUUGAAGGUCGGAACCGAGGCAAACAAUUUCGACACUGUUGUUAAAAUGAUCGUCUUUGACUUAUUUGGCGGCGAGGCUGUGUUUACUGAGACAGUCAAGGUCGAGAACAGCAUGCCCACGGUCCCCUCCUUCGGGACAGCGGCAGCAAACUCUAACCUAAGCCCUGAGGAACAAGAACAGCAACAAGCCGAAUUCACUAACUACCUGACGGACGCUCAAGAUAUUGUCAGUAUGUCAGAGGGCAACGGUGCACCUCUUGACACAGCGGUCAUUAUAUCAUCAUACGCACAGGCAAUAAACUCCGUUACGUUUCCGACAGUUAAUUCUGAUGACGUGACCCAAGUCACCAAUGAAAACGCUGACGCUGAGCUGUCCCGAACACUUGAAGCAGGAACACAGGUCAACCCCAUGUUAGAAAAGAUUCAAGGAGUCAAUGAGGCAUUCGUUACUUCACUCAAGGCAGGAAUUGAGAACGAACUACAGCUGUUGGAAAAUUCAAGCAAGACGCCAAGUGCCGACACUGUUAUUACAUUUGCAUCCAGCCUGGCCACAGUUGUCGCUAACCCAGCGCUCCUCAGUGAUGACGCUGUCGGGGGUGCUGGGGAAGCUCUGCAAAUGCUUUCAGCAGUAAUGGCAUCUGUUGCGAAUUCAACCCUCAGUACAGUGGCCGUGGAGAAAAUGCAGAAAGCCGUUGGGUCCCUGCUCAGCAACGUCAUCCACUGCAACAACUACUUUGCUGUAACGGGUGUCGAAGUGGAGGGAAUAGACCGGUUUGAUAACACCACGAAAACAGAUGAAGGAUUCAAUGAUCUGGAGGCGGACUACCUAAAGAAACUCCUCAAGAGCAAGAGGGAAAUCCAAUUAAAACAGGCCACCGAUCAGAUAAACUCGAACAUUAAGAGCAUUUUGAAAGCUGCAGACAACAUGUACAAACUGUCCAGCGGGCUGACAACUACGCAUUCCUCGAGUUCUGUGGAAGAGAAAACGUUCAUCCAAUCUGUUGAAAAAGAUAAGGCUGAUGCCUUUAAAAAUGGCAGCAAGGGCGUCAACGGGUCUGCCUUGGCAGUUGACAGCGUGGACGGAGUGGAACCAGACGAUGUCAUAGAGAGCAAUAUGAUAGUUCUCAGCGAGAAUCCUUUCACCACAGGACCAAAUGCAAAGAUGGCUGAAUAUCCAGUCACAAUGGCAAGUAUGACAAAGAAUGGAAAGAAGUUACAGCUGAAAGGAGCUGUAAUCUCACAGACGGACCCAGUAGAAGCUCCCUAUAAGUUCUACAGCAAUCCAGAGUUUACACCCGGAGAUCCAGGAUAUAUGUUGUAUCACCCCUUUCCCUAUAGGGCGUCAACUGAACAAAUCUGUAUUGUAUCCAAGCCAGUAAACGUGUCUGUCUGUUAUGACGUGUAUCUCAGAGCCCUCAUACCUCCAACGGAAUUCGAGUAUGACCACCGUGAUAGGAACGUCACUGGCAACGUUGGUUUAGAGUACUGUGCUGAGCCCGGGGCUUGCAAGAGAACUGGGACAUGUUGGCUGGGGAUUGUUCCCUUUCCGUGUGAAGGGGAUGAGGAUGCACAGGCACAUCAUCGAGCGCGGCGGGCAGCAAGUGCUAACAACACAGGUGCCCCUGGAACCUCCAGCAUCUCUGAUCAAGGAGGCGAUGCUAACAGCUCUGACCCUCUGCUGACUCCCUACAACCUAAGAAUCGUAACACUCUCCUGUCUUAGCUGGGAUGGAGGGGAACAAGACUGGGAUGCGUCUGUGUGUAAAGUUACACGAGACCCUGUUAACAACAAGACCAAGUGCAAGUGCGGAGACAGAGAUGACGUCAUCACCACUGUCUCCUUCUUUGUCGCCCCCAACACCAUCGACUUCUCAACGGUGUUCAGCAAGUUCGACAUUGCUGGUCAAGGCGCCGUUCUCGGGACAAUACUCGUGUGCUUCGUGCUGUUUGUGAUCUUCCUGUUCUGGGGACGAUACAUGGAUGGGCAGGAUGUCCUACAGUGGGGCGUGACCCUCCUGGCUGACAACUACAAGGGCGAUAGCUACUACUACCUCGUCACCAUCCACACAGGGAUGGUGAGACACGGUGGCACACGGUCUAAAAUAGGGUUCUGUAUUGCUGGUGAGGAUGAAGACACUGGUGUAAGGAUGCUAUCUGACGGUGUCAGAGAGGAAAUGAAAGCGGGCAGCACCAUGCAUUUCCUCAUGGCCGUCCCCGAGUGCCUUGGAACCUUGCAGUGCUUCAGGGUGUGGCAUGACAACUCGGGCAAAGGAGACUCCGCUUCCUGGUAUCUCAACAGAGUUGAGGUCACAGAUCUUCAGUCAGCCGAUAAGUAUGACUUCCUCUGCUACCAAUGGAUGUCCCUGGAAGAAGGAACGCUAGACAAGGCUCUGGCACUGUCCUCUACUGAGAACAUGAAGAAUUUCAAGACCAUGUUCUUCGAGCACGCACGUCACCAUCUGACUGAUGACCAUCUGUGGGUGUCCGUUCUCCUGCGACCCGUCAAGAGUCAUUUCAGUCGUGUCCAGAGAGUCGGAUGCUGCUACACCCUGCUUAUGCUGGCUAUGAUAGCAAAUGCCAUGUUCUUUCAAAGCAAGGAUAAUAAGGAUAGGAAGCAGUCAUCCGAUUUUUCAAUUGGUCCUAUCAGUUUCAGCCUGAGUCAGAUAUACAUUUCAUUCAUUUCCACCAUCCUCACUACCAUCCCAGUGUUCUUCAUCAUGCUUCUGUUUAGAAAGUCAAAACUAAGCGAAAAGGCUACAAAGGAUGGAACCCGAAUGUGGAUGCCCUACUGUUUCCGGAAGUUCAAGUUCUACAAGCAAUCCAAGGCCAUCGAAAAGAUCAUGGUCAUUAGGGACAUCGUUGAUGAUCAAGAUGGUGUCCUGCCUCACUUUUGCGUGUACAUCUCUUGGGUAUUUGCCUUCAUCUGUGUCUUCUUGUCCGCGUUCUUCAUCAUGUUGUACAGUAUGGAGUGGGGCAAGGACAUCUCGGAAGAAUGGCUGGUGACCUUCAUCUUGUCUUUCUUCGAAUCGCUCAUCAUUAUGGACCCCGUAAAGGUGCUCGUGUUGGCGAUUCUGUUUGCCAUAUUGCUGAAGACCCUCAAGGCAAGCAAACCAUCUCACUUCGACCUCGACCACAUUGGCAGGAUGAACAGAGAGAAUGGUCAGCACGGAGAAGGUCGGGCUCGACUGGACUACCGCAGUCCAUUCUCAGAAGAGGAACUUCAACGAGCGAAAAUACAAUGUCGACGCCGGAACACGAUGAGGAAGGCGAUUCAGGAACUGCUCGCCAAUAGUUUCUUCUUGUGGCUUCUCGCCAGCAUCAGCUACAGCAACAGAGACCCCCACGGGUUCCUCCUGCAUCAGAACAUCAAGAACACCUUCAUGGAACCAUUCAAACCAGCUGUGACAUUAAAACAUGUGAACACAUCAGCACACUACUUCCAAUGGCUCAAUGAAACAGUCAUCCCCAACCUGUUCCCUGUGACCAACUUCAAUGGAUCCCGCCUCACACCAAACACGAGAUUAAGGAUCAGUGAUCUUAGCAACUACCGUGUGGGAGCACCUCGGCUCCGCCAAGUGAGACAAGCAGAAAAAUCCUGUACAAUACCAUUUGUCGGAAAGACAAAGUGCUACCCCCAAUACGAUCUCGCAACGGAAGAAAACAGGGACUGGUGUAGCCAUUGGCAGUACCAAGCUAAAUGCCCCGACAAAGAGGCCCUAGCCGUCACCAAUGCUGCCUGGACGUUUGUAUCAGCUCUAGACAUCUGGGGGCUUCCCAUCACGGGCGAGAGGGGGGUCUACGGUGGAGGGGGCUACAUAGCUGAACUGGACAUAAAUCGACAGGUUGCUGAAAUGGCUUUUAACGAACUCUAUGAAGCUCGAUGGGUUGAUAGAAACACGCGCGGUGUAUUCCUGGAAUUCACGCUGUACAAUGCAAACAAGAACAUGUUCUGCUAUGUGAGCAUCCUGGUCGAGUUCCCUGAGAGUGGCGGUGUCAUUGAAUUUACAAAUGUAUUUCCGUUCAGAAGCUUCAACCAUAUUGGAACAGUUGGAAAGUACAUUCUCUUCUGCGAAAUUGUCUUCUUCAUCUUCACGAUCCUCUGGCUGGGAUACAUCUCCUUCAAACUGAUGAAAGAACGAUGGUGCUUCUUCAAGAGCUUUUGGAACGUCGUGGAGCUGACGAGUGUUGUCAUUUCCUUCAUUGCUGUUAUCCUGUACUUUAUCCGUCUCACUUACACCAAUGAAGCCAUGGCCUUGUUCAAAGAAAACGACCGAGUCUUCAUCAACUUCUACCACAUCGCAGUAUGGGACAACCUCUUUGUCUACGCUCUUGCUUUCCUGCUCGGGAUAGCAACAUUACGGCUGCUGAGAGUCAUGGGUUAUUCUAGAGUCACUCAGAUUGUCUACCUCGUUUUGAAGGAGAGUUCAAAGACACUGCCAGGAUUUUUCUUCUACAUUCUUCUUAUUCUGUCUGCUUAUGGUUUCCUCGGUUACCUCGUGUUCGGUACCAACGCAUCGGCCUACAAAGACAUGAUCACGACAAUGGAAACCCUAUUUUCUGCUGUUCUCGGUCACGCAGGAUUUAGGAAAACCAACGUGCCUGUCGGCGAUUCGUGGAUCUCUCUCAUCUACUUCGUCACGUUCAUCCUUAUCGUCGUCUUUGCGCUGUCCAACAUGUUCAUGACAAUCCUGCUGGACACCAUGUCCCUGGUCGGAGAUAAUCCAAAGAAUCUAAACUACAAGGAAAUCGAGCUGUUCGCCUACAUGUGGGAAUCAGCCAAGACACUUAUCACGGGGAAGAAGGAGCCAUCGGGACUCGACGCCACAAAACGUGGAUCAGGGCUGGACGAUAAAGAUACUGACGAACCGUACACCUUUGAGAACUUUGGGUUCGGAGACGCCCACGACCGGAAGAUGCAGAUGAAGAUCGAUCUGGCGGCAGCGUUCAAUGUGAGUGCCAAGCCGGCCUACAAGUACUGAUGAUAGGACACAAUGGGGAUGCACCAUGUACAUAAACUAAAGUGUGUAUUGAAACACAACAGUGGUUACUGCUGCUAGGUCUGGUGAGUCCAUGAGUCUGUGGACUUCAGGUUUCACUUAGUGGACUGCUGUGAUAUAACUGAUACUGUUUACCACUAAACAUCUACCGUCCCUCUAUUCUUGUAUACACAUAUUAUAUUUUCUUUAGUCCAAACUGUUAUUGUUGAAUAUUUAUGAACGUUUAUUGUGUGUUCACAACGAUAGUGUAACCUCGUUACCACGUAAAGUGUAAACUUAAGCAGUUCUUGUCGAGUAUACUGCACAUGUAUUAGACACUAUUUAUUUAUUUAUGUACAUACUUAAAUAGACACUCUUUUUUGUAAAUAUGGGAAAUUAAGGCCAAUUUCAAUUUGAUAUAAAGAAGUCACUUUUUAGCUGAAAGUCAUUUUGGCGACUUUGUGAUUAUGGAGAAGCCAUGUACGUUCUACGAGAACAUUAGAAACCAGAAAGAUCAAUUUAGGUAAAUUUUUCAGUGAACAUGUUUUGCUUUAGAUUUUUAUCUCACGCAUAUGAGGUGUAAAGGUCGAAUUGAUCAUAUGAUUCAUACUACUAUAAUUGUAGGUCACAAGAAGAGUAAUCUCCCUUUGAUAGCAUACAGCAUGUAGGUGCAGUUGCAGUUCUUGUAUCGCCGAGUGAGUCUAUAUUACUACCACACAGUCGUACUUUAAGGUCACAUGUAAGAUGUAACGUAACCAGUGAAUACAUUUACACUUGAUGUUGUUGUUACAAUCACUUAGCGUUGGUAUUUGUAUUCUGCAAUGAAGUUUCUAAUACUUCACAAGAUGGAAAUCUGGAGCUGAUACUUAAUUCAUGACAUGUGAAAUACCAAUUAAAGAUUUAAUCUGUGAAGGAAUAAUCUUAAAACAACAGAUUGGGCCAAUUAUCUAUGAACAAUUCUUUUGAUACCUCUAUAUUUGUUUUUCUGUGUUGUCAGUGUUUAUUAUCAUGACUUUUCCCAUGUGAUAACGUCGUCACCAGCUGUGAUAUUACCGUAAAUCCUUAGCUGUUCGAACUAGUAAAAGUUUGCCUUUUUGGCUUGCAUUUUUUUGUGAUAUAAAAUAUUUGACUAAAAGUUGUAUCUUUUCAGUGUAUUAUUUAUCAACUUGUUUUUAACACCUACUUUGACAAAUACUUUUGUAAGCUAUACUUCAUUAUUUCCCUUCAAUAAAGGCUAUAUAGCGCUACACAGUC